CGCUGGGGACCUGCGGCGGGUUCCACACGGACACGGAUCCCCUUUGAACUCCACCAUCGGCGGGGUCAGGAAGCACCGCAGGAGGGGCCGAAAGGUUACGCGGGGUCCCGAAGAGAGAGUCGCCCGUCUCCAGGUGGCGAGCACAACAGAGAAGGUGUACAUGGAGUCGAGCACGGAAGGAGCGGUGAUGCCGGCGGAGGAAGCUUUUAAGCCGAAGGGGGACGCGCUGACCCGCGUGUCCCAGCUGCCCCUGGUGGAGCUGGGCUCGCGCGUGGCGUGGGACGCGUACGGGGACGCCAAGCGGAGGAACCGCGCCCUCUCCGCGCUCUGCGGCCUUGCCGAGCUGUGGCUCCGCGGGGUCGCGGCCCUCGCGAAGCGCACCGGGAGGCCGCUCGCCUCCCUCCUCGAGUCCCAGCUCGCCUUCGCCAAUGACAUCGCGUGCCUGGGUCUGGACGCCAUCGAGGAGCGCGUGCCCAUGCUGCACCAGACUCCUGACAAGGUAAUGGCGCGCGCCAUGGACGCGGGCUCCGUGGCCGUGGAGUCGGCGCGUGGCCUCGCCGCGGCGGGCCUGGGCGCGCUGAUGAGCACCAAGGUGGGCGAAGUGGCGCACGCGGUCGUGGAACUCACGCUGAGCCGCGCGGAGAUGGCGCUCGAGUGCUACCUCCCCGACGCGGGCGACGAGGAGGAAGCCGACGCGAGCAGCAGCAGCAGCAGCAGCAGCCGCGCCAUUGAGAGGCGGACAGGGAAGGACGGGGUGGACGGCUCAGGGGGGGGGCAGGAGGAGGAAGCGGCGCCGCCCCCGCGGCAGGAGGCGGGGUUCGGGGUGCGCACCGCGGUGCUGCUCUCGCGGGUGGCGCGGCGCGGCUCGCGGCGCGCGCGCGCCCUCGCCUUGCGGGGUGCGCGCGUGCCUCGCGCGCUGCUCACGUCCCUGGGGCUGCACCCGGACCGCGGGGUGUGGCUGGUGUCUCGCCGCGCCGUGGGGGUCCUGCAGGCGGCGCUCGGCGUGGCGAAGGGGGCCGCGGGGGUCUGGCUGAUUGCCACCGUCAAGACCUUCAACGCCUCCAAGGUGGUGCUGGGCAUCUCCGUGGCCAUUCCCCGCAUGGCCCUGCGAGUUCAGAUGGCGACUGUCAGGGUGUCGAUGCGCGUGGCGCGCGUUUGGCUGCGCGGCGCCGGGAUCGCGUGGGGCGCGACGCGGGGCGCUUGGGGCGCCGGAAUGGGCGCCGCGCGCGUCGCCCGCCGCCUCGCCAUCACCAUCCCCGAGCACCUGGUGCACAACACCCCGCUCAGCUGGCUGCUCCCUCGCUUCAUCGUCUCGCUGCUCACGAGCCCCGAGCGCCGCCUCGCCCUCGCCUCCCGCGAAGCUCGCGUCGCCCGCCGCAGGUCCCGCGUCUCCCGCCUCAGCGACUCCGAGCUCCCGGCCCUUGCCGAGUCCCAGCAGCAGCAGCAGCCGCAGCCGUGGGGACCUCGAGUGGAGGGGGCCGAGGGGUCCCCGCGCCGGAGGGGGUCCUACGACUCCCCGACGCGCAUGCUCAUGCGCUCCUCCCGCGACUGACUCCCAGCUGGGUCCGGUCUCCUCGCCUCCACCGCUCGACCUCUGACCUUUCGCCUGCCUCUCCCGUCGAUCGUGCUCUCCCUGGCCGAGUCGUCUCCUUCCUGGGCGAACUCGCUCCGUCUCCGCCUGCCCGACCCCGCCUUGUACCUCUCCCGCCCACUCUCCCGCCUCUCGACGACGAUCUCCUCCCGUCUAUACUCUCCCCUCUCGCGCUUCCCAUCGUCGUCGUCUCUGUCGCGUAUCCCCUUUCCGCUCUCCUGCUUCUCCUCCCCUCUCGCCUACAUCGCAUCCUUCUCUCCCCACCACGAUCCGUCUCCAAUACCUCAACCCGCCUCGUCUUCCUCACAUCUCCCCUCCUCUCCCUUGCCCAUCUCUUCCUCGGUCUCCCAUCUUCCCCCUUCCUAUCCACCCAACAUCUCCUCCCCUCCCUCCGAUCUGCUCUCCCCACCCUCCUGGCUGUUCUCCGCUCUGCCCUAUCUCCUGUCCCCACUCUCUCGGCUCUCCCUCCUCUCCGCGCUCUCUCCCGGGAGCCGAAGCCAGUCCCCUGCACUCCGCGAGGUGGCUCUGCGCUGCGUGGGAGGCGAUAUAAUCACCUACACUUACCACGCGUAGUCACAGACAGCCGGAGGUGGUCAGUCACGUGCACCGUCGCUUAAUAUUACAACGGUCACGUGCAGGAGGUGGCCAUAGUUUGGGGGGAGGUGAUCGGGCCCAGCGGCAGCGCGUUCGCCGCUUCCUGCAGCGGUUCGCGGCUCGAAGCGGCUGGCCGCACUGGUUAACACUGCGGUUGUUUUAACGGCAAGAUGCAACUUCUGCUACUAAUGCGACGACGCGCCUGUCUCCUUCGCAGUGGACGUUAACGAUCGCGUGGCGGCCACUCGACUAGCGCAGGCCAUUGUGUGCCGGCGUCACGGUCCGAAUUCUAAAGAUGACACCGCAAACAUAACCCAAAUUGGGAUCACACAAACAGCAGCAGCAGCAACAUCGCCGCUACCGUGAAACUAACGCAGCGUCGUCGUAGCCUUGCGCUGUAGGAGCGCCAGCGCCCGGCGGCACGCGGACUCGACUCCAGUCACGCGCGCUCCGUUACGCAUCGACGAUGACACGCUCGCCAUGGGAUGUGGACCUCUGCGCCGUGAACUAAUAAUCGAUUAAUUCGCCAUCGAUCCGAGGUUCGAAUCCCUCACCAAUGAACGCUUUCUGUGAAUGCAAAUUUAAUUCUGCCGAUUCAGCUUUUUCUGCACUCGGUAGCCACCGAGUUGAGAUUAUUUUCAGCCUAAUUCAAUAAUCACCACAAUCUCGCACGUGUCUAUUACACGCUUGUUGCUGGCCGCUCUGCGUGUCGGGCCUUCGGGCGCUGUGGCUCAGCAUGAUUCAGUAAACCUCCUCGACUUACCAGCCGUGGGAAUGGCCUCGAUGAGUCUCAAGACGUCUUUGUGCAGGAGGGCCAUGCCAAGAAAUCCACGAGUUUGGCUUCGUGUGGGGGUGGGGGGAACCCGCCAAUCGUAAACUAGGGGUAACUUCAAACUCCACACAGAUAGAUUCAAUGAUCCACGACGAGGACAUCUGGCACGCGCGAUACGAGAGUCGCAAAUGCGCGCUGUGAUCGGAGAGGAAUUUGACGAACUCGAGACGUCUCCAGCGCGAGUUGUGUGUUGGUGCGCGGCGGAAGGCAACAGGGCGAUGACAUCAUCACGGAUGAUGAUGGCGGGUGAGGAUGAUGAUGGAGGGGGAGGAUGAAGAUGAUUUCAUCAGAAACUGCACGUGUCGUGGAGCAGGGUGGGAUUAUGAUGGGGAUCGUAGUGAUGCUGAUGACUCAUUAAAGCGAUGAUUAUUA